CAGGUCUAUUUUCCAAAAAAAAAAAAAAGGAUAAAAAUCCUGAAUCUGGCCAUGUUUAACAGUUUAAUGCAGAGAUACAGAAAAGCAGUUCAAUCUCGAUUUCCUGCUCCUGUCCUCAAACACGUCCACAUUCAGGCAUUCAAUCCGAGACUCGUUGCUUGUGGGACCAUGGCCCAGACCCUGACAUUGACAAUGUCACCGACAGGCGGAGACGCUGUCCCUGCUCGAUCAUCGCCCAUUGCGGGAUCUCCGCAGGGGACGCCCGAUCCUCGUGAAAGCGUCGAUCGAUCUCCAUGUGCAGCACGGGGGUUGUUGGGCGUUUCACUGCACAGCGGUGGUCCAGAGGUCCGGUUGGGGAAAAGGCGCCGCCGUAUUGUUUCACAUGCAACUGGAAGCGUCGUUGGCCCGGGCGUGACACCCGUUUUGCCUUUCGCUGGUGUGUUGGGGGCUUCUCCGCCGGGUGUGGCUGGGGUUCGUGACGCGGCCUCGUAUGGAGGUGUGUAUGCUGGUCCGUUGCUGCCAUCCCCACUGCUGCCUAGACGCCUGGACUAUGUGUCCACGAUUCUGUUAGCACCUGUAUGGUCACAUGCAGUGGCCCCGCCAUGUCCCGCUGGAGGCGGUUCUCUUCCAUGGGAUUGCAGCGACGCUUGGCGUUGUCCAACCGUUUCAGGUCCACGAGUCAUCGGAGCGGUGGCGGGUUGGUCUGCGGUGCCACCUCAGGCUCCCUUUAUCGCUCCUGAUUCCACACCUCCGGUUGACGAUGUGGAUAGCUCUGCGGCAGUCGGCGACACGCCGUGUUCGGGUGGCAACAACAUCGUGCGUGUGUGUGUGCGGGACGCGUGUCGAAGACGGUUGUACGCUCUCCGCAACACUAUGGCCGGUGUGGGUGACAAUCGCGGACCGGUCAGCGACGUUAUUGAUCGGCUGCUCCACUGGUCCUUGCCAGCCAUCCGUGCGGAGUUUGGUGUCGAGAAGGAAGCGAAGAAAGUGAGCAACCCGCACGAGUGUGUGUCAGAGGCGCAGUUUAUGCAGUUCACGAAGAAGCGGCUAAAGGAGGCGUUGGAGCAGCGUUUCGGACCAGACGUCCUCACACCUGCUGAGGAGCGGAUGAAGAAAUCGGAUUUCGUCGCUGUCGUCAUGCGAAAGAUGUACCCCUACGGAUCGAGGUCGAACGCUCGAGCGUUGGAGACUGAUCCAGACGGAUUGACAGAGUAUCAUUCGCAUGAGGUUGGGAUGUGGUUCCUCCGCGCUUGCCACCAGUGCAGGGAGGAGGGCGGAGACGCCGAUAGUCUACACCACGACAUCAUGUUGGUCGCCGAUCAUUGGGCUGGUGAUCAUUCGGGAUGUGUCGGCGGUAGGGAGGUUCUGUGCGAGAAGGCCGGUGGGCGUGCACGAUUGCCUUUGUAUAGAUGCACGGACACGGUCUACGAGCUCGUUCAGCGUGUUCUCAAUAAACAAUGCAGCACUAACAUCACGCCGUACUACGUCGAGUUUCGGCACACAUCGGCGGUCGAGACUUUUCAGGGCACCAUCAUCAUCUAUGUGAAGAAGUCGGUGCAUUUCGAGAAGUGUUACUGCGCACGUUUGUCGAUCGCAGUGAUUCGGUGGAGCAGUCACUACUGGCGCGACCCGGUCAGGUAUGUUGCUCGCAUUGCUGCGAGCACUUCCAUACGUGCGAGACCAGGCUUCCGUCGACACUACGGUCACGAGGCGAUCGACUGUUGGGAGGACAGAUUGGCGGCGUCCGUGUUUGGUUCAGCACAUGUUUCAGACUGGGCUCGAGUGUUUCUGCGAUAGGAGUUUUGUCCUUAUGGAGCCGUGUCAUUUGCCGCGUGAUUUGUUCGUCAACG